UUCCUCGAUCCGACGAUACAAUACCCACCAGGGUUACUCGAUCUCGUUAGAAAAGAUUUUGCGCUAAAUGCACGAGGAAUAUACUAUCACCAGUUUUAUAAACCAAUGUUUGUAAAAUCUAGUCGCAGUAUAUGGAUACCUACUCUAGAAGACCUUAAUUGGAACGACCCUCGGGAGGCCGAUCGCAGGCGACGUGCGAGGAGAUUUGCAGAGCAUAAUAGAAACAAUGAGUUGUGGAAAAAGAGUGAAUACCCAUGGGAUGCAGAUGCUUGGUCUGAUGUAUUCGGUCAGAUUAGGGAUGAUCCAUAUCUGACGAUGGACAAGCAUGGGUAUCACACUUUCAAAAAGAAAACCGAUGCUAUUCGGUGCACCUUAACCGGCGAAUCGAAGAUAAUCCACCGGAUACCAGAUAUAACAUUUGGUCUGGCCACAUUCUCAGAUCAUCAAUCUCCAGCAUUCGUUGAGCAGCUACACCAAGACACGUUAGAGAGGGUGUUAUUGCACCCAAAGUGUGGACUAUUGGCCGAUCCACAUUGGGGCCGAACUCAGCUGGCAUUUCCUUUUGCAGUCUACGAGGCCAAAGGCUGGGAUGGAGAUUGCCGUACCGCGCGCCGACAGGCUUGUCUGGCCGCAGCCACGUAUCUCGAUCUACUGGACAACCUAGCGCGUACCCCUGGCCCAAAGGAGAACUACGAGAAAAGGGUGUACCAAACCUCUACUAGCCACAAGUACCAAGUGUUCGCUUUGACUUCAUUUGGUGCUCAUUGGCAUGUAUUAGUCGGAUACCGGCGACCACGAGUAGACAACUCUACUACUUGUGGAACUGACUGGUGGUAUCAAGAACCCAACGAGUUCGCUGGCAGGGAAGAUAUGAGCGAUACGGUCUAUGUCUUCCAGCGAAUAUGGAGCGGCCGUAUCGUUACGGAAAUGAAAGCCUGGGAGCUACUAUCGAUAGUAGACCAAAUACACAAUUGGGCUAUAUCAGAGCACAGGGCCUUCGUGCUUGGCCAUCUGAAGUCAUGGCAAAAGUUC